UUUAUAAUGCAUCUUCUGCUUCCAGCCUAAACGGAAAGGACCUUUUCGCCUCGUCAGAUCGAGGACGGUGGGGUUGUCUACGACAAUGCCUGCUCGGAACACCCCUCGAUUCUUGGGAACAACAGCUCGGCGAUUUCUGUAGCAGAAGAGAAAAAGUGGUAUGAAAAGCUCGUGCGGAAAGCCGAAGGCUAUCCAUCCAGGCUCGAAUCGCGAGCGCUGUAAGGAAAAAAAAAGGCGCCGGGGUGGACGACCCAAACGACAGUUGAAGGUCCUACGUCAAGCGAGAGACCUGCGAGCGAAUUAGCGUGGCGAGGGGCGACGGAGCGCUAUGGCGUGGAGGGCAGGUAAUACAGCUGCCGGGGGCGCGGUUGGGAGCUGCCGAAGGUGUUGAGGGCAACUCUCGCCGGGAAGGGAAGAAAGUCUAUCUAGCUACACUGAACACCAAAGCUACAAAAAAAGGAAAAGAUUUCUCUCAAUGAAAUUGCAUGCACUAGGAUUUACUUGCACAGUAUUCCCAAGUUUUAUGAAGACUGAUUACCUGGUUGGUGAAGAGUUGAAUGUGCAGAGGAGAAAUUGCAUACUGCGACUUGGAUUGCUGCCAUCACUGUGACAUCCUGAUCACCAGGCAUCAUGUACUGUCUCCAGUGGUUACUGCCGGUCCUCCUCAUUCCCAAGCCCCUCAACCCAGCCUUGUGGUUCAGUCACUCAAUGUUCAUGGGCUUCUACCUUCUGAGUUUUUUGUUGGAGCGGAAACCUUGCACGAUCUGUGCCUUGGUCUUCUUGGCUGCUCUGUUUCUCAUCUGCUACAGCUGCUGGGGGAAUUGUUUCUUAUACCACUGCUCUGGUUCCCAACUGCCGGACUCUGCUCAUGAUCCCAAUGUAGUUGGCACCUAAAAUCUUCUACUUGGUUGCACUUUUUUUUUUCCUUUUAAAAGGACGGUUUCAUGGGAAGGAGGGAAUAUAAGGCAUGUGAUUGGAGUACAUGUUUCGGUUAAAAUGUUUCAUUCAUGAUUAUCCGCACUUCCACAAUCUUCCUGUACAAUUUGACAAAAGUUGUUAUUAGUAAUAGCUGGUAGUGCUGUCUGUUUGAGGGUUUAAAGCAGAGCUGCUAAAUGGGUGCCAUGCCUUCCUUCAGCAUUAUUGUUUGAGUUUGGUCCUUCCAUUUCCAACUUGGUGGUUAAGAGACCUGUUGAGUGUUGUCUAAUGUCAGAUCAAAAGGUAGCCAUCCAUCCUUUGGAACAUGAGUGUCUGAUCUUGUCGAAACAGUUGGAAAGCUGUUUCUCCACCUUGAGUUCAGUAGAAAGCUAGUGCUUCUCACGGUGUUCAUCUGAAGGGGAACUAUCAAGUGGUUAAUAAGCCCGACAGCACCUGGAUCCGGAGGCUGCUUAUUAUCUCAGCAGGCCAUCCUGCAACAUGUAUACUGCCAGUUUCCCAAAGUACUCAUCUAUGUCAUAGCUCAAAAAUUCCAAAAUCAUCACGAUGCCAUUUUUAAUGCACAAAUGCUGAAGUUGUCUCUCUCUCUAUCUAUCUAUCUAUCCCACCUCUGCCAAACAUCUACUUUUAAUGGAGGAACCUGAAUUGGAAAGAAAGCAUGCACUGCUGUAAAGCUUGGGAAAUCUUUUUUUAUUGUAUUGCUUUUGAAUUUUAAGCUGCCAGUGUUUCUGUUUUGAAAAAGCAAUCUGAGUGCAGGGAUGGAUCAGUAUACCAGGUCUGGUUUCUCUAUACCGAGGUGGGGCUGUCAGUGGAGUAAUGUGCUGCUUUUUUCUUUUAGGCCAAAAGUAUUAUGUUAUCACAAGCAAAUGAGCCUGUGUUCACAUAUAUAGGUGAAAGAAAGCAACAUCUGUUUAGGCUACAUAUCUUCAUAGGAUUCUGUGAAACCAUUUUUCUAGUGGUACCUGGGUCAUGGUUUUAUUCUUUCCUUUUCUCCACCAAGAUUUUGCUUUACUUUCUUCCUUAAGAGCUAAUUGCUGGUGUGAAAUUGUAAGGUAGCCUGAGGAAAAAGCAAACAGAUACUUUUUCUGUUACUUUCCAAAGUUAUUUUCUCGUUUGUCUCUACACAAUCUUCUUUGGAAGAAUGUUGCUGAAAAGGCAUUUUUGUCUCUCUCUCUCUCUCAAAGGACAUGGAACUGAAAAUCCAGUCGUGAAACCUCAGUAGUUUUUUUUUAAUUAUUUUUGUUGGUUUGUUCAUUGCACAGCUAUUCAACAGAUUUAAUAAAGCUUUAUAAACUUU